AUGAAAUUAAAUAGUUCCAUUUUAGUAAUUUUUCUUACAAUUGUAAUUAUUAAUUCUACUGAAAUUUCCGAAAAUCAAAAAAUGCCUUUGAUUUUAUCAUCAAUAACUGACAAAAUAAAUCUUUUUUAAACUGAAGAUAUGUAUUUAAAAUUAGAAGAAAUAGUACCUAAAUUAAAAGAUUAAGUUCUUAAAAGUUCAAAAAAUUUAAUUUUGAAUGUAAUUACAUCUGAAUCAUUACCUUAAACAAUUUAAUAUUUUAAAAAAAAUUACUUAUAAUAAUCUUAAUUUUAAAAUUUAUUCAAAAACGAAAAUUCCUUUAAUUCUGUACUUAAUUACAAUUCUUAAGAUUUAAUAGAAAAUCUUAAAUAAGAUAAUAAUAAUAUUUAAGUUUAAAACGUGCAUUUGACAGAUACAUAAAAUUUACAAAAUUAUAUGAACUAAGUUAAUGAAGGAAAUGUUUUGGUUCUUUUUACAACUAAAAGCUAACGUAAAUUAUCGGAAGCCUCAUAAGAAAAUUAAGACCCUAAGCCUGCUCCUUAAAAUGAAAAUAGAAUGAGUAAUAUAAGACCUGAAACAUUAUUUGCUUUCCUUCUUUUAUUUGCACUUUUAUUACCUGUCCUUUAUAUUGGAAUAAGCAAACUUUAAGCUAUUGAGUCUAAUGAUAAAUACGCUACAAGCCUUUUAGCAAUUGGAAAAGAAUAUUGA